CUGUGUGUGACUUUCUUUGAGCUCAGCCCCUCCAGGAGACUCAGGUUUAUCUGGAUGAAAAGUGAAUUCAUUCAGGAUCUGCAAGAGGGCAGGAAAGGUCUGCUGCCAGCACGAGGUGGGGAGAGAAAGAGAGAGAGAGUGAGUGAGAGAAGGAGAGGCGCUGGGAGACGGGGGGAGAAAAGAGAGAAGAACCCGACUUUAACGUAACAACGGAGCCGGGAGCAGAACUUGAGUCAUGGCUGCUUUAUCGGCUCUUGGGCUGCUCCUUAUCUGCCACCUUUUAGCAUCCUCUUUCGCGCAGAGACCUGGCCCUAAAGGAGAACCCGGCCCGCCUGGACCCCCGGGCCCUCCUGGGAAGGACGGCCGAGAUGGAGAGAAUGGUCCUGCUGGUUUGCCUGGCCCACUGGGUCCUAAAGGAAAAGCAGGUCAACCUGGAAAUGCAGGAAGUGCUGGCCUCCCUGGUCUCCCUGGAAUAGAUGGAUUACCAGGUUCUGAUGGCCCACAGGGUAAAGUUGGACCUCCUGGCCCAAGGGGAGAUGAAGGCCCAUCAGGACCAGGAGGCGCACCUGGACGAGGAAGAACAGGCCCACCGGGUCCAUCAGGGGCAAGCGGAUUGCCAGGAGGACAAGGUCCACAGGGACCCACAGGUCCUGAAGGACUAGCAGGACCUUCCGGCCCACCUGGCCCUCCUGGACCACCAGGUUUGCCUGGUGUUUUCCCUGAUGGCAGUGGUGAUGUUGUGUGCCCUGCUAUUUGUCCACCUGGCCCAUCAGGUCCUCCGGGAAUGCCAGGAUUCAAGGGUCACACGGGCCACAAAGGAGAUAAGGGAGAGCAAGGAAAAAUUGGUGAGAAGGGUGAUCCAGGCCCUCCAGGCCCAGCUGGCCUACCUGGAACUGUUGGACUGCAGGGGUCCAGAGGUCUAAGGGGGCUGAUGGGUCCUAUGGGUCCAGUUGGUGACCGGGGUCUGCCUGGUUUCAGAGGUCCACCUGGAAUUGCUGGAGUCAUUGGCAAAACGGGUGAUGCAGGAGAGAAGGGACCGCAGGGCUUUAAAGGACCCAAGGGAGAAAUAGGGAGGCCCGGACCAAAAGGAAUGCCAGGCAGACCGGGAACAAAAGGCGAUCCGGGCAUACCAGGACGAGAUGGAAAAGAUGGCACACCAGGAACCGAUGGAGAAAAGGGUGACAGCGGACGACCAGGAGUCCCAGGAGAAAAAGGCCCGAAUGGUCUCCCAGGACUGCAGGGAAAGGCUGGAACCAAAGGUUCUAAAGGUCAGAUUGGAGAUCAAGGAGAAAUGGGAGAGGCUGGCCCAUCUGGAGAACCAGGUAUUCCAGGAGACCAAGGAAUUCCUGGAGAGAGGGGUGAAGCAGGACCCAGAGGGCUCGCAGGUGCAAUUGGUCCUCAAGGAGGAAUCGGGCCAACUGGUGUGACUGGUUUCCAGGGACCUAAAGGAGGUCUUGGUGACCCUGGUCUGCCUGGGCCCACUGGAAUCCGUGGGGAUUUUGGUGAUAGGGGUCCAGUUGGUGCUUCUGGUCCUAAAGGGAACUUGGGCAUUGCUGGCAGCGAUGGACUCCCAGGUGAUAAAGGUGAACCGGGACCUUUUGGUCCAGUUGGACAAAAGGGAGAGGCAGGAAAAUUUGGGGAAAUGGGUCCAAAAGGUAUCACUGGCCCACAGGGUGAGAUCGGGGCAAGGGGUCCUCCUGGCAAGCAAGGUCUGAUGGGUUUCCAAGGAGAGCAGGGUCUUCCAGGCAUUGCAGGAAAAACAGGAGUUCCGGGAAAAUUGGUGAGCGAACAGCACAUAAGGGAACUCUGUGGUGGAAUGAUCAACGAUCAGAUUGCUCAGCUGGCUGCCAAUUUGAGACGGCCGUUGGCUCCAGGCAUGGUUGGCCGCCCUGGCCCUGCUGGACCACCAGGAGAGCCUGGGGUUUCUGGAUCAAUAGGGCACCCUGGAGCUCGAGGUCCACCAGGAUACAGAGGGCCUCCUGGAGAGCUGGGAGACCCAGGUCCUAGAGGUGAUUUAGGUGACCAAGGAGAUAAAGGAGAAACUGGAAAGGGAGUUGAAGGACCCAUGGGAGAUCAAGGACUACAAGGUCUACCUGGAGUUAAUGGGGUCAGCAAAGAUGGCCGUGAUGGUGCCAUCGGGGACCCAGGCCUUCCUGGCGAGCCUGGAAGGGUUGGCAGAACUGGGGCUCAGGGUACGCCCGGGAUCUGCGAUACAUCAGCUUGCCAGGGACCAGUGGCAGCUGGAAAAUCCACAAACCCCAAAAACAAUUAAAACCCGGAAAAUAAAAACAAAAAAAACAAAAAAAAAAACGAAAAAGAAAGCUGACUGAUUUUAUUUUAAAGACAGUGGGAGGAAAGGCAGACAAAGGCUUUUUCAGAGAGCAAGUGGACCAAACAGGAAAGUAAGAAGAAAGGAGCAGAGUGUGUGAACGAGAGUUUAGUUCUCUAGCUUAUUCUGAGCAGCACCCAUGAAUGGCGACACUGAAAGAGCGCUUUGGAGACCUUUCUUGAACUUUUUAAAGUAUGAAUGUUUCUUUUGUUGUAUGUGUUUGUUUUUAACCUGUAAGAGAACCCCGUCCCACUGACCAAGCAGAUGCCUUCUCACCUUCUCUAUGGCAUCAGACCAGUUUGCACCAUUUCUCUGGGGCUCCUUCAACUCUCCCAACCUAUAGAUGUGAGACCCACUUGUCAAAUUAUUUUCUCUCAGAACAAGUCAUUUAAAAGUGUUGUAACAAUGUGAAGGGGCUUUUUGUGUAUGUGUGUAUAUAUAUAUAUAAACUGAGGUGAACCAUUUUGUAUAUAUCCUUAAGGCUGACAGACAACAGCCUCUGUCUCCAAGCUUGGAAGAAUCGAUUUGCUGUCUUUUGUUUUCUUCACGUUUUCAUUUGUGUUCUUUUUCUCUUUCUAAUUCUUUCUUCAAUAGUGCAACCCAGGUAUGUAACAAAAUAAAAGUUUCAAAUUGACCUCAAGGACACAGCGGUACACAUGACAGUCUUUUAUUGCUCUCAAGUUUUCUCUAAACUUUCUUCUUGUGUGUUACUCAGCAAAGCCAUCAUCACUCCACUAAGUAAUUUGCUGUAACCAUUAAAAAAAACAAUCAUGAUUUUAAAUAUUUAUUUGUGGGUAACGUGUAUGUAAAGUUAAGCUCGAACACCAAAUGUUGUAAGAAAUAAAGAAUAAAGCCACUUUUCAGUAAA